AGGAGUGGGAUCCCGGCAGGAUUAAUGAGCGCGGCGCACCGGCGGCCAGCGGCAGCGCUGGUGCGCCGCGUUCUGCACGGACGCGUUCUGCACAAUCACUGCGACUGGAGCUCGGGCUCCGUCACCCGCCGAGGCUAUUGGCUGCGAGGCGCCGGGCUCCUGCGCACACGCUGACUGGCGUCCAGCUGGACGGAGACAUGCCGCAGUCCGCCCUGGGAGUUCACCAGCAGAUCCUGCUGGCCGCGGGCCUGGCCGUCUUCUGCUACUGCCUGGUCCUCGGCUGCAUCCUUUGCUGUCGCCGAAGGAAGAGGGUUUCGUCGGAGGACAAGAAGGCCGUUUUCUCACCUCACGCCGCUGAGAGCGUGAGCGUGACGCCGCCGCCGCUGCUGUGCACGCAGCCCGUCAAGCAGCAGUACGAGGAGCUGGACGGAGACGUGCUGGACUUCCCUUCGUCUAAAAGCAGCUCCCCUCCGUCGGAGGACGCCCUCGCAGCGCUGCCGCCCGGCCCGGCCGAGCCGGCGCCUCCCCCCCGGGCGGCCUUCCCCAUGCGGCGCCUCAGCACUCCGGCUCCCGGCUCACCCUCCAAGGCCCAAACUCACGGCAGGGCCUCGCUGCCCUCGCUCACUAAGCUGAACCUGGUGUCCAGGUCCCGGCGGGCGAUGAGUCGACGCAGCACGGUGAGCGGUGAAAGCUUCCUCUACAGCGAGAGCAGCCAGCUGACGUCUGGCGCCGCUGCCCGGUCUCCCAGCGGGCCACAGUAUGGCUCCAGCUCCCUCUCCAUCGCGCCCAAGUUCGCCCCCCUCCUCCACUUUUCCCUGCUCUUCUCCUCGGUCUACGGCACGUUGGUGGUCAGCAUCCUUGGGCUCUCAGGGACCAGCCGGAAACGCGGCGGGGUGCUGGUCCGGGCCAGCCUGCCCCCGCUCUGCCCCAGUCCGCAGCAGGUCUCCUCCCGGCGCCGCAGCAUCAGCCCAGAGCUCCAGAGCCUUGUGCUGCAGGUGGGCUCCGUGGAGGAGCUGCGUACCUGCACCCUGAGGCUGGCCGUUUACACCAGGGACUUCUCGGGCCUGAGGGAAGCGGCGCUGGGGGCCGUGGAGCUGCCGUGUGGGCAGAUGGACUGGGAGCCUGACACCAUGUCCACCUACACCAGACAGCUGAGCCCGACCAAAAGCAAGCUGAAAAAGAGUGUGAGCUCCCAGGAAACGCUGGUCCGCAGGAAGAGCUCCGUGUGCUCCGCGGGCGCGCUGGGCCAGCUCUUCAUCCUGCUGCAGUACCAGCUGCUCGCCCAGCGCAUCAAGGUGAUGGUCCGCAAGGCCGAGAGCCUGGCCAAGCUCACGCGGAUCCCAGGAGCUCCAGAUCACUAUGUUGUCAUCAACCUGCGUCAGGAUGGGAACGUGAUUAGUACCAAGGAGACCAAAGCAGCCGGCGGCUCCAACCCCGUCUGGAACGCCCCGUUCCUCUUUGACCUGCCUCCUGGUGACAUAAGUCAGCUGCCGCUCGUCCUCGAGUUCAUCGUCAUGCAGGGCCGUCUCUAUACCAAGAGCUGCGUUCUGGGCCGCGUGCUGAUCGGCACCACGGCUCCAGAAGCCGGCCGGGGCCACUGGAAGGAGAUGAGCAGCCGGGGCCAGAUAGAGACCGCCCGCUGGCAUUCCAUCCAAUCAGCUGCGGCGGUGGAAUGAUUGACAGACUGUUGAGACGAGGUUUGUCGCACGCUGUCUGCGUGGAGCCUGCUGCAUCGUAGCUGUGUUACCUGUGAGUAUUUCCACUGCGUCCGACUCUGACUCUGGAUAACCUGUACCGAUGCUGUGCUUGUGUAUGUACAUGUACGAACUAACUAGUUGCUCGUUGGUUUCCUGUACUCUGGCUGGGGUUGUCUCUGGGGGGCAAAGGUGUCAAUGUCUACAUGUUUAGGGACAAAAGAUUGAUUUGUUGUGGUCCUUUGAGUUUCCAGUGACGUGCAGUUAAUGUCUAAACAACCAACAAAUCACACAAAUUACAUUGUUUUGUGCAUUGUUGUCUAAUUUGUCCCUUUUCGCCUUCGAGGGAUUGAAGGUCAACAACACACGCAGCCCGAGAAACAUCCUUUUAACAUAAUGUUUAAUUUCCACUCAUAAAAAAUAAAACAAAUCCAAUGCAUUGUGUUUUCACAAGUCGCUCCUAAAUGACUGUGUGACUUUGUUGUGUUUGUUUGGUUUGUGCCCGUGCAGUGUGGUGACCAUAUGUGGAUGUGCUGGUGGCACCUGUCCUCACUGUAUUUGAAUGCUUUGCCUUUAAGAGAAAAAAAAAAUAAAAUCAUAUGUUACAUAACUAAUAACGUCAA